AAAUAUUCUAAUGCCUGUCGAGUGAUGAACUGAAUGAGUCAUGUUUAAAAAUAACAUUUAAUAUGACAAUAUCGAUUUUAUAUAUUUAUAUAUAUAUACGUUUAAUUUGUGUCUGUUGUUCACUACUGUUGACUACUGUUCGCUGCUGCUGCUGCUGCUUGCUUGCUUGCUCGCUCGUUUUCUGGUUGUAUGCAGAAUAUAUUUCCCAUACCAAGCCUGGACUUCUCCUUCUAGUUAGCGGGGCUGGGACGCGUCAAUAGUUAGAUUACUGGUCUUUGGUCACUGAGUAUAGUUCUCGUUCGCAGUCUAAGUGAACCCGUGAAGCUUCAAACCUAACAAUUUGGCGACGGUGAUUACGGAAAUAUGGAUCCAUCUAAACUUGAAUUAUUACUCGAGCAGCAGAUGAAACUUAUUCAAAUGUUAGCAGAUGCAAAGCUUACAUCUAAUUCUCAACCAAGCAGUUCUAAUCCUAUUACUACUGCACCGUCAGUUGAUGGUAUUGCUAACAGUAUCUCCGAGUUUCAUUACGAUCCAGAAUCCAAUGUCACGUUUGAUAUGUGGUUUCGACGUUACGAAGACUUAUUCAAAUUUGACUUUGCCAACCAGGAUGAUGCUUGGAAGGUCCGCUUGCUGCUUCGAAAGUUGGUUCCUAGUGAACUAGACAAGUAUUGCAAUCUAAUUCUGCCUUUAAACCCACGCGAUCGUUCAUUCUCCGACACUGUCCAGUCAUUGAGCCAACAAUUCGGAGACAACUCCUCACUAUUCAAUGCGCGCUAUCGAUGUUUGAAGCUCACUAUGAACGAAGAUGACGAUUUUCUCACACAUGUGGGUAUUGUCAACCGAGAAUGUGAACGCUUCCGGUUGAAGUCGCUUACUGAAGAUCAAUUUAAAGCACUCAUUCUCAUCUGCAGCCUUCAAUCGCAGAAGUUCAGUGACAUUAGAACACGUUUGCUAAGUCGAUUGGACCAAGACCCAAAACUAACUCUUAAUGAUAUUGCAAAUGAAUAUCAACGUCUAAUCAAUCUACAGCGUGAUACUACAAUGGUCCAGCGUGGUGGUUCAAAUCGUACCGAAGUUCAUGUAGUCCAACAACCACUCAACUCGCAUAAAUCUGCCCCAGCUACAUCUAGUUCAGGUCGACAGACAAAAACAAAUCCUCCUGCUCCAUGCUGGCACUGCGGUGCAUGGCAUUUUGUUCGAUACUGUCCAUAUAAGCAACAUCGGUGCAGGAAAUGUAAUGUGGUGGGUCAUAAAGAUGGUUUUUGUCGAAAAAAGAAGCCGAGCAACUCCAGAGGUACCAGAAAACCUACGCCUAGAUCCAACACGAAUUCGUUGAGUCUAAUAGCAAGCUGUGAGAACUCAACCCCAGUUGAGAGGAAAUUUAUUACCCUUAAUAUUAAUGGGCACCCUCUUAGAUUGCAAAUAGACACUGCAUCUGAUGUAACGAUUCUCUCACGAAAAUCUUGGAUCAGAAUGGGAAGACCACGCCUGGUGCCGACAACACAAAAACCGCGAACCGCAUGUGGUAAUUAUCUACGUUUGUUGGGACAACUAGAUUGUAAAGUGUCUUUUCAUGAUUCGACGUUUACCGGGUUAUGUUACAUUACACCAGCUGAUCUUAAUCUACUUGGGUUAGACUGGUAUGACCGGCUACAUUUAGCUGACGUUCCGUUAAGCACCGUAUGCCAUCUGGUUGAACAACCUCAUGAACCUGAAUCAUAUUCGAAAGAACCAAUGACGGAGUUUUCGACCAGCGAACAUCAUACGGCCGGCGAAGAUGCAGUUAUUGCCUCCCCAUUGACAGAGGACCGCGCACAGUGUCAGCAAGCAGCCAAGUGUAACGCAAAAUUACUGCCGGUCCCAUGGCCACAGCCUAAGUAUCCUUGGUCCAGGAUACAUGUCGAUUUCGCAGGCCCAAUUAAUGGAAUUACCUAUCUAGUCGUUGUUGACGCCUUUUCGAAAUGGCCAGAAAUCGUUCCCGUCAUGCCACCAACGACAACUCAAACGAUACAACUUUUGACAGAGAUGUUCUCUCGCAACGGGUUACCGGAUAUAAUCGUUUCCGAUAAUGGUUCGCAAUUCACCUCAAGUCAAUUUCAAGAAUUUUGCAAACGCCUAUCGAUCAAGCAUUUCCGCUCUCCACCUUAUCACCCACAGUCAAAUGGACAAGCAGAAAGAUUUGUAGAUACAUUCAAGAGAGCUCUAAUGAAGUCGAAAGGGGAGGGGACGACAGUAGAAACACUGCAGAAUUUCUUGUUUGUUUACCGAACAACACCUAAUGAUAUGCUACCACAGCAGAGGUCCCCGGCAGAGAUCCUGAUGGGAAGGAAAUUGAGGACGAUCCACAGUCUCAUGUGCCCAAGAACCACACCACCACCAUCCCAUACCAAAUCUCAGAAGCUUCCAGCGUACGAGGUUGGAUGCCCUGUGUUCGCUCGAGACUACAGAGCAAAUCAUGGUCCUUGGAUCGAAGCACGUGUGGUUGGAAGACUAGGUCAAGUUAUGUACGAGGUAAAGGUGGGAAGAGACACGUGGACUAGACACCGAAACCAACUACGUAAGCGGAUUGCCCCAGACCACCCAUCAAAUGGAGUAAAUCUUCCCCUCGACAUCUUGCUUGAUACUUUCAACUUACCUGCAGCCCCAUCACAAGAAGCUCGACAGCAAGCUGAUCCCCGUCCCAGAAGGUGGCCUCUCCGUCAGCGGCGAACUACAGUCAAAAUGCAAGUCGACCCCAGAAAAGCACGCUAUUAAAAAGGGGAGGAGUGUUGGGACGGUAUAUUCCCAAAAUUCAUAUUUGUAAUUUUAUCAUAUCGAUUGACUCAUCGAUUAAAUAUUUGGAAGGAAGUCACAUGAUGAACUUAUCGACUAAAUAUUCUAAUGCCUGUCGAGUGAUGAACUGAAUGAGUCAUGUUUAAAAAUAACAUUUAAUAUGACAAUAUCGAUUUUAUAUAUUUAUAUAUAUAUACGUUUAAUUUGUGUCUGUUGUUCACUACUGUUGACUACUGUUCGCUGCUGCUGCUGCUGCUUGCUUGCUUGCUCGCUCGUUUUCUGGUUGUAUGCAGAAUAUAUUUCCCAUACCAAGCCUGGACUUCUCCUUCUAGUUAGCGGGGCUGGGACGCGUCAAUAGUUAGAUUACUGGUCUUUGGUCACUGAGUAUAGUUCUCGUUCGCAGUCUAAGUGAACCCGUGAAGCUUCAAACCUAACAAUUUGGCGACGGUGAUUACGGAAAUAUGGAUCCAUCUAAACUUGAAUUAUUACUCGAGCAGCAGAUGAAACUUAUUCAAAUGUUAGCAGAUGCAAAGCUUACAUCUAAUUCUCAACCAAGCAGUUCUAAUCCUAUUACUACUGCACCGUCAGUUGAUGGUAUUGCUAACAGUAUCUCCGAGUUUCAUUACGAUCCAGAAUCCAAUGUCACGUUUGAUAUGUGGUUUCGACGUUACGAAGACUUAUUCAAAUUUGACUUUGCCAACCAGGAUGAUGCUUGGAAGGUCCGCUUGCUGCUUCGAAAGUUGGUUCCUAGUGAACUAGACAAGUAUUGCAAUCUAAUUCUGCCUUUAAACCCACGCGAUCGUUCAUUCUCCGACACUGUCCAGUCAUUGAGCCAACAAUUCGGAGACAACUCCUCACUAUUCAAUGCGCGCUAUCGAUGUUUGAAGCUCACUAUGAACGAAGAUGACGAUUUUCUCACACAUGUGGGUAUUGUCAACCGAGAAUGUGAACGCUUCCGGUUGAAGUCGCUUACUGAAGAUCAAUUUAAAGCACUCAUUCUCAUCUGCAGCCUUCAAUCGCAGAAGUUCAGUGACAUUAGAACACGUUUGCUAAGUCGAUUGGACCAAGACCCAAAACUAACUCUUAAUGAUAUUGCAAAUGAAUAUCAACGUCUAAUCAAUCUACAGCGUGAUACUACAAUGGUCCAGCGUGGUGGUUCAAAUCGUACCGAAGUUCAUGUAGUCCAACAACCACUCAACUCGCAUAAAUCUGCCCCAGCUACAUCUAGUUCAGGUCGACAGACAAAAACAAAUCCUCCUGCUCCAUGCUGGCACUGCGGUGCAUGGCAUUUUGUUCGAUACUGUCCAUAUAAGCAACAUCGGUGCAGGAAAUGUAAUGUGGUGGGUCAUAAAGAUGGUUUUUGUCGAAAAAAGAAGCCGAGCAACUCCAGAGGUACCAGAAAACCUACGCCUAGAUCCAACACGAAUUCGUUGAGUCUAAUAGCAAGCUGUGAGAACUCAACCCCAGUUGAGAGGAAAUUUAUUACCCUUAAUAUUAAUGGGCACCCUCUUAGAUUGCAAAUAGACACUGCAUCUGAUGUAACGAUUCUCUCACGAAAAUCUUGGAUCAGAAUGGGAAGACCACGCCUGGUGCCGACAACACAAAAACCGCGAACCGCAUGUGGUAAUUAUCUACGUUUGUUGGGACAACUAGAUUGUAAAGUGUCUUUUCAUGAUUCGACGUUUACCGGGUUAUGUUACAUUACACCAGCUGAUCUUAAUCUACUUGGGUUAGACUGGUAUGACCGGCUACAUUUAGCUGACGUUCCGUUAAGCACCGUAUGCCAUCUGGUUGAACAACCUCAUGAACCUGAAUCAUAUUUGAAAGAACCAAUGACGGAGUUUUCGACCAGCGAACAUCAUACGGCCGGCGAAGAUGCAGUUAUUGCCUCCCCAUUGACAGAGGACCGCGCACAGUGUCAGCAAGCAGCCAAGUGUAACGCAAAAUUACUGCCGGUCCCAUGGCCACAGCCUAAGUAUCCUUGGUCCAGGAUACAUGUCGAUUUCGCAGGCCCAAUUAAUGGAAUUACCUAUCUAGUCGUUGUUGACGCCUUUUCGAAAUGGCCAGAAAUCGUUCCCGUCAUGCCACCAACGACAACUCAAACGAUACAACUUUUGACAGAGAUGUUCUCUCGCAACGGGUUACCGGAUAUAAUCGUUUCCGAUAAUGGUUCGCAAUUCACCUCAAGUCAAUUUCAAGAAUUUUGCAAACGCCUAUCGAUCAAGCAUUUCCGCUCUCCACCUUAUCACCCACAGUCAAAUGGACAAGCAGAAAGAUUUGUAGAUACAUUCAAGAGAGCUCUAAUGAAGUCGAAAGGGGAGGGGACGACAGUAGAAACACUGCAGAAUUUCUUGUUUGUUUACCGAACAACACCUAAUGAUAUGCUACCACAGCAGAGGUCCCCGGCAGAGAUCCUGAUGGGAAGGAAAUUGAGGACGAUCCACAGUCUCAUGUGCCCAAGAACCACACCACCACCAUCCCAUACCAAAUCUCAGAAGCUUCCAGCGUACGAGGUUGGAUGCCCUGUGUUCGCUCGAGACUACAGAGCAAAUCAUGGUCCUUGGAUCGAAGCACGUGUGGUUGGAAGACUAGGUCAAGUUAUGUACGAGGUAAAGGUGGGAAGAGACACGUGGACUAGACACCGAAACCAACUACGUAAGCGGAUUGCCCCAGACCACCCAUCAAAUGGAGUAAAUCUUCCCCUCGACAUCUUGCUUGAUACUUUCAACUUACCUGCAGCCCCAUCACAAGAAGCUCGACAGCAAGCUGAUCCCCGUCCCAGAAGGU